AUGGGCGGAGUUCCAUCCAUCCCCACCGACCGGACCCGGACCGUGCAGGUCAUCGGCGCCGGCUACUCCCGCACCGGCACCGUAUCCAUGGCCCUGGCCCUGGAAAGGUUGCUGGGAGAGCCGGUGAUGCAUGGAGGAACGCAGCUGUUUGGCCGAGAAGACGCCUAUGUCAAGCUUUGGUGCGACGUCUUCGCCAACCGCGACAACAAGUCCGUCCUCAUGAAGCUCCUACGCGAAGCCACGGCCGGCUUUGUUGCCGUCACUGAUGUUCCCACCAAUGCCUUCAUUGCCGAACUGGUCGAGCUGUACCCGGAUGCCAAGGUGGUGCUCGUGACGAGGGAUCCGGAUCGGUGGUUUAACAGUAUGCAGACACUGCUAAAGGACGGCUAUGGGUCAAUGUCGGUGCUCAAGGCGAUUCUGUGGCCAUGCCCUGGAUGGAGGUGGGCGCCAACAUGGUUGAGAUAUCUACAGAUUGUAGAAUCAGCCCGUCUUGGACCGACAAUGUCUCGAGAAUCCAUCCUGAUUCACAACGAAUGGGUCCGCAACCAUGUUCCCAAAGAUCGACUCUUGACCGUGGAUCUCAAACAAGGCUGGGAGCCACUCGCCACGUUUCUCGACAAGCCGGUUCCUAACGAGCCAUUUCCUCACGCAAAUGAUGGCGAGGCUAUGCAAAAGUUCGCCAAGGGGGUGUUUCGCACGGCGAUGCUGAUUUGGCUGGGCAUUUUGGGGGGCGCGGGUUUGAUUGCGUGGGUUGGGAUGGUAGUUUGGAGGAGGUCCUUGCUGUCGUUGGAUUGA